AUGGAAAUGCCGGACUCUUCAACUUGGGAGACUUUAGCUAUAGUAUAUCUUCAUCAGGUCGAAAGGAUUCGCCUCCGUUUUCAGGUGCUUCGACAAAUGCGGCUUGCGUGGCAAAACGAAAUGGCAGCACCAUGCUUGCUGCCUCAUCGAUAUGAUAUUAUUGAAUGUCUUGUUGAUCAGAUUGAAGGAAUGGAAGAGAAUUUGACUCGGAGAACAGAAAAGGUGAGUUUCCGAGUAUCGGCCCAUCGUCUUGAGUUACAUCGGCUUACGUAUAUAACUAAUGACUACAUGAGACGCCGUCUGCAGAAAAUUGAGAGGAAUCCAAGGCGCGCGUUACGGGAGCACUUCUGGAGACAAACUGAAGGUCUCUCUGUCCUUCUGUCAAACCAGGAAAGGUUGUUUGCUGAACGAUAUGCCAAAGCGGAGACAAGGCUAAUGGGAAAAGUUUGUCUUGGUAAGUGCUGUGUAUAUGCGGAAGUCCUAAAGGAUAAUGUCGAAUCAGCAAUCGUACCAGAUUAUCAGGAUAAAACUGCUGAAAUAGUGGUUGAACUGGAGAAAGGGACCGUCCAUCUUCUACCAUAUCAAUCUGUUCAGCAACAAGUCGAGCAGGGCAGCGUCCGUUUGUUAUAG